ACUCGAGUUCAUCGACGACCAGAUCCUCUUCCCGUACGGCCAGCCGGCAAUCCUCACCGCCCGCCCCCCGCAUCUGGACACAAACAUUCCCUCGACAGCGUUCUCGCGCAUGAGCCUGGCGAAUGUGAUGGGGCGACAAGGCGACGACGGGGACAGCAUCAUCUACAGUAUGGACGAGGAGAGCUCCGAUACGGACACCAUUUCGCAUGUCCCCAUGGACGGCGUUUGGGACGACCAGGCCGCCGGCGCACGAGAGCUCGAGGACCUCUUCGAGAGCAUGAUCAACGUCAAGUUCGGUAUCCACCUCCGGCCGAGCGAGUUCGUGCUCGAGAAGAUAGUGCGCGCCUUCGGUGGCGUGAAGGAGGUCACGGCCAUGCAUUUGACGUUGGCCCCCGUGGCGGACGAGCACGACGCUGACGACGCGCUGGCCAAUUCCCCGGGGCUGAUCCUCUGGCCGUCGACAUUCAUCCCGAUGACGCCUGAGGAGUUGGAGAUCCACGCGUCCAAGCACCAGCGGGUGCUGCUUUCGUGCAAGGCGGGACUGAUUGACUACGCGGCGGAGAUUGCGGAGAUCGGCGAAGGACGUACACAGAGCGACGCCGCAAAAGAAGCGCUGUGGGACUAUCAAAAGUGAGUUCCCAACUAUACUCGAGGUGCUGCUAUACCAACGCGACCCGGACAGCUUCCUGCACGACCGCUUCAACCCACCACCACAGCUGCCAACCCCGCCCGAAUUCACAGCCGUCAACGACACGGCCAGCGUGCGGGACUCGAUUUGGUCCGUCGCGAGCGAUGCACUGGACGCCAUGCGCGAGUACCAGAGCGAGCUGAGCUCGCGCUACGAGCUGUCCUCCCAGUCGUCGCUGUCCGUCUCCCCGCGGUCGUCGGCAGGCGUCCUCCCGCAUGAAGUCGAUGAACAGCAUCGCAGCGGGCAGCCAACGCGCGGGGCCCGUCGGAUGGAGCAAAAAUGGCGCGCCGCCGUCGUACGCGCGCGCGGAGCCGACGCAUGUCCGGACGUUCCAUGUGUACGAGGCCGUGAAGAAGUCGGACGGGCGGUUUGGGAGGAUGUGACGGGUAUUAGAUAGUAGUGUACACUGUAUGCAUAUGGGGCCUGGAAGGCUGUGAAUUCUGUAAAACCGAAGUCGCGGGUGAAGAGAGGUGGUAGAUCAAAUGUCAGUUUGAAAUCGUAG